GCGUGUGUGUAUUUGAGCGAGAGAGAGAGGAAGGGAGAGCCCGUUCGCCCGUGCCCCGAGUUCCGCGUUCCGGACGCGCAAAGGCGCGACAGAACCUGGCAUCCUUCGCUUUCGUCAGACACAACGAGCUGCUCCACGCCGCGCCAGCUCAACGCGCCGCUGCGAGAUAAUGUGCGGGGCAGCUCCUCGUUAGCAGGCUUGCCCAGGCAGGCGGCAUGGCUCCGAAGCGGCGAGCGGGGUCCGGCGGCGUGUGGCUGCGCCUCUUGGCCUGGGCGGCCGUUUGCCGCGUCCGGGCGAGCGCUUGCCCCACACCGUGCGCCUGCAGCGGCACCACGGUAGACUGUCACGGGCUGGGGCUCCGCGCUAUUCCUAAGAACAUCCCGAGGAGCGCAGAGAGGCUGGAACUGAAUGGAAACAAUAUCACUCGGAUCAGUAAACAUGACUUUGCUGGGCUGAAGCAGCUGAGAGUUCUGCAGCUGAUGGAAAACCAGAUCAACAUGGUGGAACGAGGAGCGUUUGACGACAUGAAAGAACUAGAGCGACUACGGCUAAAUAGGAACCAGCUACACACUUUGCCAGAGCUCCUCUUCCAGAAUAACCAAGCGUUGUCACGACUAGACCUGAGUGAGAACCUUCUUCAGGCUGUGCCCAGAAAGGCAUUCCGUGGAGCCACUGAUCUCAAGAAUUUGCAGCUGGACAAGAACCAUAUAAGUUGCAUUGAAGAAGGGGCCUUUCGUGCUCUUCGUGGGCUGGAAGUAUUGACUUUGAACAACAACAAUAUCAGCUCCAUUCCCAUCUCCAGCUUCAACCAUAUGCCCAAACUGCGUACUUUCCGCUUGCACUCCAAUCAGCUGAUCUGUGAUUGUCAUUUGGGUUGGCUUUCCCAGUGGCUCCGCCAGCGACCUACUAUUGGGCUCUUCACACAGUGUGCUGGUCCUCCAUCCCUUCGUGGUCUAAAUGUUGCAGAAAUCCAAAAGAAUGAAUUCAGCUGCUCAGGCCAAGAUGAUGCUACCAGAACUCAUAUCUGCAGUUUUUCAUCUGGGUCCUGUCCUGCCAUGUGUACUUGUAGCAAUGGCAUUGUAGAUUGUCGUGGUAAAGGUCUAACAGCUAUCCCUGCCAACUUACCAGAAACGAUGACAGAGAUACGUCUGGAACUCAAUGGCAUCAAGUCCAUCCCCCCUGGAGCCUUCUCAUCGUACAAGAAACUACGUAGGAUAGACCUCAGCAACAAUCAGAUUUCAGAAAUUGCACCUGAUGCCUUCCAAGGCCUUCGUUCACUCAACUCUCUAGUCUUGUAUGGGAACAAGAUCACAGAGUUGCCCAAAGGAGUAUUUGGGGGCCUCUAUGCACUACAACUACUGCUACUGAAUGCCAACAAGAUUAACUGCAUUCGGGCAGAUGCCUUUGCUGACCUGCAGAACCUCUCACUGCUCUCUCUUUAUGACAACAAGAUCCAGACCCUGGCCAAAGGCACUUUUGCCACCCUGCGUGCCAUCCAGACACUCCAUCUGGCCCAGAACCCUUUUAUUUGCGACUGCAACCUGAAGUGGCUGGCAGACUUCUUGCGUGCCAAUCCUAUUGAGACAAGUGGUGCUCGUUGUGCCAGUCCCCGGCGUUUGGCCAACAAGCGCAUUGGACAGAUCAAGAGCAAGAAAUUCCGCUGUUCCCCUAAGGAACAAUACUUCAUUCCAGGUACAGAGGAUUAUCAUUUGAACAGUGAAUGCCAUAGUGAUGUGGUUUGCCCGGCCAAGUGCCGCUGUGAAGCUAAUGUGGUGGAGUGUUCCAAUCUGAGGCUGACAAAGAUCCCAGAGCGCCUCCCACAGGCUACUGCUGAAUUACGCCUGAAUAACAAUGAAAUCACAGUGGUGGAGGCGACAGGUAUCUUCAAGAAACUUCCACACUUAAAGAAAAUAAAUUUGAGCAACAACAAACUCUCAGAGAUCGAGGAUGGGGCCUUUGAGGGGGCAGCCUCAGUGAGCGAGUUACAUUUGACUGCUAACCAGCUAGAGUCAGUGCGCAGCUCCAUGUUCCGGGGCUUGGAUGGGCUGCGGACAUUGAUGUUGAGGAACAAUCGCAUCAACUGUAUUCACAAUGACAGUUUCACUGGGCUGCGCAAUGUGCGCCUUCUUUCCUUGUAUGACAAUCAGAUCAGCAUUAUUUCACCGGGGGCUUUUGAUACACUGCAGUCACUCUCUACUCUGAACCUACUGGCUAACCCCUUCAAUUGCAAUUGCCAUCUGGCCUGGCUGGGUGAUUGGCUUCGCAAGAGGAAGAUUGUGACUGGGAAUCCACGCUGCUACAAUCCAGAUUUUCUGCGCCAAAUCCCACUGCAGGAUGUUGCCUUCCCCGACUUCAGGUGUGAGGAAGGUCAGGAGGAGACCAUCUGUUUCCCACGUCCUCAGUGCCCCCAGGAGUGCACCUGCCUAGACACAGUAGUUCGCUGCAGCAAUAAGCACCUGAAAAGCCUUCCAAAAGGGAUACCCAAGAAUGUUACUGAGCUCUAUUUGGAUGGCAACCAAUUCAUCCUUAUUCCAGGACAACUCUCCACCUUCCGUUACUUGCAGCUGGUAGACCUGAGCAACAAUAAGAUCAGCUUCCUCAGCAACAAUUCCUUCACCAAUAUGAGCCAACUGACCACUUUGAUCCUCAGCUACAAUGCACUGCAGUGUAUCCCCUCACUAGCCUUUGAAGGUCUCCAUUCACUACGGCUGCUGUCUCUUCAUGGAAAUGAUAUCUCCACGCUCCCUGAAGGGAUCUUUGCUGAUGUUACCUCCCUAUCUCAUCUAGCAAUUGGUGCCAACCCUCUGUAUUGUGAUUGCCACAUGCGCUGGCUCUCAAGCUGGGUCAAAACUGGCUACAAAGAACCUGGCAUUGCCCGUUGUGCUGGUCCUGCGGAUAUGGAAGGCAAACUUCUGCUCACAACUCCAGCUAAGAAGUUUGAAUGCCAGGGACCUCCCUUACCGGUCAUCCAGGCCAAGUGUAACCCUUGUCUCUCCAAUCCCUGCCAAAACAGGGGCAGUUGUCAAAGAGAUCCUCUGGGCUCCUAUCACUGUGUCUGUCCCAGUGGUUAUAAGGGCAAAUACUGCGACCUAUCUGUUGAUGGUUGCUCCGACAGACCCUGUGAGAAUGGUGGGACCUGCCUGUCUCAAGAAGGAGAUGGAGCCAGCUUUAAAUGUGCUUGUGUAGAUGGAUUUGAAGGUCCAAGAUGUAAUCUGAAGACGAAUAGUUGCAACAACAGUUGCAAGAAUGGGGGCACAUGUGUUAAUGGGUCCUCUAACCACACAUGCUUGUGCCUACCCUUCUAUACAGGGACAUAUUGUGAACAGCCGAUGGAUGUAUGUUCCCCUGAGCUCAGCCCCUGCCAGCAUAAUGCCAUAUGUAGAGUCUCCCUUGAUGGACCCAAGUGUGAAUGUAUGCCUGGUUAUGCGGGAGAUAAUUGCAGUGUGGACUACAAUGACUGCCUAAACCACCAAUGCCAGAACAAUGCCAAGUGUUUUGAUGAACCAAAUGGUUAUUCCUGUCUUUGUACUGGUGGUUUCAGUGGUCAGCUCUGUGAGAUCCCAUCUCAUGGCUCCUUUCAGUCCAGUCCCUGUGAGAGAGUGGAGUGCCAGAAUGGUGCCAACUGUGUGGAGCUAGGCAAUCGUGCCUUAUGCCAGUGCCUUCCUGGCUUUGGAGGGCUCAAAUGCGAGAAGCUACUGAGUGUCAAUUUUGUGGAUAGGGACACAUACCUACAAUUCACAGACUUACAGAAUUGGCCCACUGCCAAUAUUACUCUGCAGGUCUCCACAGCUGAAGAUAAUGGGAUUCUAUUGUAUAACGGGGACACUGACCACAUGGCAGUGGAACUUUAUCAAGGCCAUGUGCGUGUCAGCUAUGAUCCAGGCAGUUACCCUAGCUCAGCUCUUUAUAGUGCAGAGACCAUCAAUGAUGGACAGUUCCAUACAGUGGAACUGGUAACAUUUGAGCGGAUGGUAAACCUAUCUAUCGAUGGAGGUGAUCCCAUGACCAUGGAUAGCUUUGGCAAGGCCCACACUCUGAAUUCUGAGGCUCCACUCUAUGUGGGGGGCAUGCCAGUGGAUGUGAAUUCUGCUGCCUUUCGAGUUUGGCAAAUCUUGAAUGGUUCCAGCUUCCAUGGAUGUAUCCGCAAUUUAUACAUCAACAAUGAAUUACAAGACUUUACUAAGACUCAGAUGAAACCAGGAGUUGUUCCUGGUUGUGAACCUUGCCGCAAGCUCUAUUGCAUGCAUGGCAUUUGCCAACCCAACACUGCUCAUGGACCCAUUUGUUACUGUGAGUCAGGCUGGACUGGCCCCCAUUGUGACCAGCCCAUUAUUAACCCUUGCCAGGGACACAAGUGUGAACAUGGAAUCUGUAUGCCUCUUGAUGCACUUUCCUAUAGUUGCCAGUGCCAAGAUGGUUACAAAGGAGCCUUAUGCAACCAGGAACUUGAACUACGUAACCCAUGCAAGAGCCUGGAGUGUGUUCAUGGUCAGUGCCAGAUCUCAGAUGCAGGAGAGGCCUAUUGUGAAUGCAACUCAGGAUUUGAUGGGGAUUUCUGUGAUCAAGAAUCAGAGUGUCGGGGAGAGGCUGUGCGAGAUUUCCAUCAAGUCCAGCGAGGUUAUGCCAUUUGCCAGACAACACGCCCAGUGUCCUGGAUGGAUUGCCAGGGAUCAUGCCCAGGAUUAGGCUGCUGUGGAGGACUGCGUCUUAAGCGCAAGAAAUAUACCUUUGAGUGCAGCGAUGGCUCAUCCUUUGUGGAGGAAGUGGAAAAACCUAGCAAAUGUGGCUGUUCCCAUUGCAUGUAGUCUCCGGUGAAGGGCAGGCCAUAGCCAGAGACCUAAGGGUGAGACCUGCCCUAGCAGAAGCUUUGGGAACAGUCAGGAAUCUGAGCAGUUCCUUUAUUAUGGUCAUGGUGGUUAUUCAGGACAGAAGAGACAAAGGUGUAGAUAAAA